GUUCCAUACGUCACUGAUUUGCAGCCAAAGUGCAUGUCCGUGCACGUGUUGUGGUGUUGAUGUUCGCGCGAGGGUCUGCGAAUGUUAUUAAAUGAUUGCAUGCUAUGGUGGAUGCCGUUUAGAUAGUUAGAAAUUAUGUGCAGAAAGUAAACUUCGAAUGGCGAAAGGAAGGGCUCAGGCUCAGUCAGACUCAACUGCUUCGAAGCAGACAAAGAAAAGACCGAAUGAAGAGUCUUCUAAAACUCUCUCCAAGAAGCUGAAAGCUAUUAAAGAAGGCAAAACACAUUCAAAAACAACUGAAUCCUACAUACAGGCAAGUGUGAAAUGGAUAGGGGGUCAAAAGAAUUUGGGCCAAACAAGUAUAAUUCACUACAUCUACAAAAACUCCUUGGGACAGAGCAUCCAUUCUCAUCUGCGGCAGUGUCUGCAAGAACCUUUUAUACGUGCACUAAGAGACUACAAAUUGCACCGCACGGCCAGCCCCUUUGAUCGGAGGGUCACUUGUCUGGAUUGGCACCCCACCCAUCCCACUACCAUUGCAGUGGGCUCCAAGGGUGGAGACAUCAUCCUGUGGGAUUAUGAUGCACUAAAUAAAACAACAUUCAUAAAGGGGAAGGGGGCUGGUGACUUCAUUGGGGAGAUUAAGUUUUGCCCCACAGAUGUGUCCAAAAUCUUUGUCGCAUCCGGUGAUGGCACACUUACCAUGCAGAGUUUUGAGGGCCUCCCAAGUCAAAUACUGUCUCGUACCCCAGACUGUGGCCAUGACCACCACAAUCUUUGUUACUGGUACUGCUGUGUGGAUGUGUCUGUAAGCCGUCAGAUGCUUGUGACUGGGGACAAUAAUGGAAGACUUCUUCUGUUUGGCCUGGAUGGACAUGAGAUUUUCAAUGAGAAGCUGCACAAAGGCAAAGUGACACAUGCAGAAUUCAACCCUCGUUGUGAUUGGCUGAUGGCAACAUCCUCUGUAGACUCUAUGGUCAAACUGUGGGACAUCCGAAAUAUUAAAGACAAAGGCAGUUAUCUGACCGAAAUGCAUCAUGAAAAACCUGUCAAUUCUGCAUACUUUAAUCCCACUGACUGCACCAAGCUGCUUACUACAGACCAAAGGAACCAGAUCAGGGUGUACUGCUCAUAUGACUGGUCAAAACCUGAUCAAAUUAUUCCUCAUCCUCAUCGGCAUUUCCAGCACCUAACACCAAUCAAAGCAACCUGGCAUCCCAUGUAUGACCUCAUUGUGGCUGGCCGGUACCCAGAUGAUCGUUUCCUUGUCAAUGAUGAGAGAACUGUUGACAUUUAUGAAGCCAACAGGGGUGGUCUUGUGCAUCAGUUGAGAGACCCAAAUGCUGCGGGUAUCAUAUCUCUCAACAAAUUCAGUCCAACCGGGGAUGUACUUGCAUCUGGAAUGGGCUUUAACAUUUUGAUAUGGAACCGAGAGGACACACUGAACAGUGUUAACCAAAAGUAUUCAAUGGAGAGAGUGGAGGAAGUUGGAAGCAGAGCUGGAACGUCCAGAUCCCAGCGCAGUGCUCAGCAACACACCCAAAGAAACAGAAGAACAUCUGCUGAAGAUGCCAUGCUCAAGAAAAAGCUCUCAUCACUGUCAUCAACAGAGACCAAGUCCAAGACAAUAACCAAGUCAGAAUGCAAGACAGCAAAAGGGAAGAAGUGACACUGGGUACACACUGGGUUUUAAGACUAGAUAUUUAGUGGAUCUGGUUUUGUUAGUUCAAAGAUGUUGAUGCCUCUUUCAAUAUAUCAGUCCUGGAAGAACAAAAAAUAAAAUACUCAGUUCUCUUUUGUUAUUUCUUUAUAGGACCUAAAACACAU